GUGGCAUUUCUCGUUUGCAUAGCGCCUCUUCUUGGAUGGAAGGACCCCCACUGGUACAAAAGAGUCGAGGUCGACAAGACCUGUCUCGUCAGUCAAGAUAUCGGUUAUCAGAUAUUCGCAACAGUAUCAUCGUUUUAUCUUCCACUUUUGGUCAUCCUCAUCCUAUACUGGAGGAUACUCCAGACGGCGCGAAAGCGCAUUCGCAGAAGAGUCGGGCAACCGAUCAAUGCCCAAGGCGCGACCAAGACGAUGGAGUUCAAGACUAUGUCGAUGGACACCGGUCACGCAGUCGGAAAUGCAUUGGCACAGGCCCAGGUAUCCGGUGGAAUUGCGGCCGCUGUUGUAACUGUUAUCGGGAGACCACUCCCCACGAUUUCCGAGACUACAACAACAACAACGGCAUUCACUACAGUAAGCUCAAACAAUACAUCACCUGAAAAAACAUCAUAUCAUAAUGGUCUAGAGCCAGAGCCAUCAACCAUGGAUGGGUUACCAGCAAAACCUGCAGUGGUUAUUCGUAAAAAAAAAAAAGCCGCUGAAUCUAAACGCGAACGUAAAGCCGCUAAAACGCUAUCCAUUAUUACUGGGGCUUUUAUUAUUUGUUGGGCGCCAUUUUUUGUGAUAGCAAUACUGUUGCCCGUUUGUCAAUCCUGCAACAUCAACGUUUAUCUCAUUGCAUUUUUUCAAUGGCUCGGGUACUUCAAUUCAACUUUAAAUCCAGCUAUCUACACAGUAUUUUCACCAGAAUUUCGAAGUGCUUUUAAGAAAUUACUUUGCCGAAGACGGAGAGCUGUAGGUAGAAGGAUGGGUGUGAGACACUAUAUGUAG